AUGGACAAGUCAGCACGCAUUGUAAUCGUCGGAGCCGGUGCUUUUGGUCUUGGCACCGCUCUCCGACUCAAGGAGGAAGGCUAUACUUCGGUCACUGUGCUCGAUCGCUCAAUGCCCCCAGUUCCAGAUGGUUCAAGCAACGAUAUUUCACGCAUUAUUCGCUUCGACUAUGGUGAUGCCGUAUACGCCAGAAUCGCGAAGGAAGCCUUUGACCUCUGGAAAACUCCAGAGUUCUCAGAUGCAUUCAACCAGACACCGUGUCUCUGGGUGUGUCAAGAUGGUACUCCCGAACAACCAGUUCAACCACGGGCCCAGGAGUACAGCGCAAAGACAAAACGUGUUUUGACCGAAAUGGGCCAGCCAUGGCAUGCUGUCAAGAGCGUGGAGGAGGCCAAAGUACUGUGGCCUAAAUUCACUGGGAAGCUAGCAACUCCUGGCUUUGAUGGAUUCUACAACACAUCUGCUGGCUGGGCUGAUGCUGGAAAAGCUAUCGGUCGCCUUGCAUCUCGAUGUGUUGCCGCUGGUGUAUCAUUUAUCACUGGCCCGAGUGGUCAGGUCGAAGAAUUCGAAAAGAACCACGAUGGCACCAUCAAGGCCGUCCGCACUGCCAACGGCAACAGAGUCGAAGGUGACCAGUUUAUUGUGGCCACUGGUGCUUGGACUUCUAGUUUGGUUCCUGCCUGGAAUUCAAUGCUUGCAGCCGGACAAGUUGUCGGAUACCUCAAGCUCACACCCGAGGAAGUUGCUGAGUUGAAGGAUAUCCCAAUUUACUUCAACUUCUCUACUGGAUUCUUCUGUUUUCCUCCCCAUGACGGGACUGGCUAUUUAAAGGUUGCAAUUCACGGCUUUGGCUACACCCAGCGGUCGGCAAAGGCUGGUGUGUCUGCGCCCGGUGCAUCUGCAGUUGCCUCGCGGGCCAACUUCGUUCCUGAGGAUGGAAUGAAGAGACUUCUGGCUGGUAUGAAAGACAUAUUCCCUAAUCUCGUCUCGAGGGGCUUUGAGCGUGUUGGUAUUUGCUGGUACAACGAUACCCCCACUGGCGAUUUUAUCUUCGACUUCCAUCCCGAGCACAAGAACCUCUUCAUCGCAACUGGUGGCAGUGGACAUGCGUUCAAGUUUCUCCCAGUAAUUGGAAAAUACAUUGUUGGAAGCUUUCAACAGAAUCUUUCUCAAGACUUGCUCAAGAAGUGGAAGUUUCCAACCCAGUUCAAGGACGCAUUUCUGGACGAUGCUUUUGCGGGAGAUGGAAGUCGUGGUGGACCAGAGAGAAGAGAGUUGACAAAUAACGAACGAAGCACUUUCGAUGUUGCGCUCCGUGCUUCUGCGCGUCAGAGCAAGAUUUAA